CCCUCCUCCUUGCAUACAAAGUGAGAGCCAAGAGAGAGGCGAGCGAGCGAGUGACUUCUCGUGUCUGUGUGUGCUGGUGUUGGAGAGAGGAGAGAGAGAGAGAGACAAAGGCGGACGUGCGAGCAUGGACACACUCUGCUUUGCGCAGCGCGUGAUGAUAGCAGUCCAUCUGCUGCUCCUCCUGCCUGCAACUCUGGGUGCCCAGAGUGUUACAUCGGAGAUCGAACACGACAGUGAAGCGUCUGGUGGGAGCGGAGGAGACGUGAAGCUGCGCUGCGUCUACACGGGAAGCGAGACCGUCAUCCAGAUAGGAUGGGUAAAGGAAACAACUCAGGAGCCUGUGUACAUAGCAAGUCGCCAGAAUGAUCAAAGUGAAAUAAAUGAUAAGUUAAAAGGGCGCCUGACUUUCCUUGGCCACGGAAACAACAAUGCCACCAUCUCAAUCCGCGCGCUGCGCGCCUCGGACAGCGGCUCCUACAUCUGCACAUUCACGACAACAACAAAAGGGACUAAGGAGGUGAAGAUCAACCUCAUCGUGGUCGUGACACCAGAGGUGACGUUGGUGUUGGGCCCGGCUCCCCUGGUGUCUGGUCGCGGGGCAUCUCAGCUGGCGGCGACGUGCGUAGCGGCCAACGGGAACCCCGCGGCGAAGAUAGCCUGGACUCUGAAGAACGUCUCGGGAAGCCACUUUGUCUUUGAAGCCCUGAAGGAUGACGCGGGCACCAUCAUCGAUCACAAAAAUAGCUCCAUCAGCGUGACGCGGGAGCUGCGGUUGGAGCCGACGAAGGAGAUGAACAAAGCGUCGCUCGCGUGCGUCGUGACGCAGUCCGGGAACGUCAAUCAGAUCGAGAAGAUCGUCGCUCUCAAUGUGCACUACAAGCCGAAGGUGACGACGAUCAGUGGAGUCACUGGCCCCAUGCAAGAGGGAAGCACCAAGGUCACUCUCACCUGUCUUGCCGACGCCAAUCCCAGCGCCAAGUACUCGUGGAUGAGGAAUGGUACACAUAUGAAUGGCUCUGACCACAGCACGCUGACUCUAGAUCGUGCUGUGAGUAACUCCGGGAUGUACCGGUGCAUUGCUGUAAACGACGUGGGCACGGACUUUGGCGACAUCGACGUCAACAUCACCUAUGCGCCCGCUCAGCCCACCACCGUGCCAACCACCAUGCCAGGCACAGGUUCCAGAGUAAACGGUGGACCAGGAUCUCUCGUUUGGAUAGGGGUCGGACUUGGAGUGCUGAUCAUCGUCAUGGGCAUCGCCGUCGGGGUCUGUGUCAUCAUGAAGAAGAGGAUGAGGAAGAGCGCGAAUGGGCUGGGCGACGUCCAAUUAUCGCGAAACACGGAGAACAAGCCGCUGGCAGCGGCAUCGCUUAGCGCUCACUGUUAUGACGUCGUGACGCCCGCGGCCUCUUGCGCCAAGAAGCUGACCGUGGAGACAGAAAUCACUUACGCCGAGUUGGACCGGACAGCCCUGCAUCGCGGUCAGAGACCGGCCCAGCAUCAGCCUCAAGUCCAGCAGGACAGCACCAUCUAUGCUCACAUCGUGCACGGACGCUGACCAAGCGCGUGCGUGUGCGUGCGUGUGUGCGUGCGCGUGCGUGGAGGGUCUUUGUCUUUGUAUGUACAGCAGACUCUCGAUUAUCCAUGCUAAUGACGGGGAGGACGGCCACGAGAAUUCAAAAUCGCGGAUAAUCCAACAAUAUAACUUUUUUCCGCGGAUCUCUAUGCCAAAACCCACUAAUAUAGUGGUAUAAAUUAUGUUGAAGCUAAUAAAAUUUAGUUUUUUUACGAACAAAACUAAAAUUUGUAGUAAAGAAUCGACCGAUCGAUGCACGUGCUCAAGCGAAAACACUUUUCUGCUCCCGCAAAGCAGAAUACUCGGCCCACUGAGUGGACAGCAGAGCCACAGCCAAUCAACAUCAAUCAAGCCCUGCCCGCUGUCGUAGACAUAUGCAACGACUGUACCGUAGAGGCAAUCGCGUGGAUUUCGGAUUAACCGGAGCGCCUACAGGCAGAGGGUUUUGAUUCUUUACCCGUACCUGUACCCGGCCGCACCAGGGUCGCAAACGGGUACCCGUACCCGGCCAGGUACAGGUACCCGUACGCUACCCGUACCCUACCCGAAAUGAGUGACAAAUUGUUACUCACCGGUGACUCACGGCCUACCCGUACCCGGCCGCACCAGGGUCGCAAACGGGUACCCAUACCCGGCCAGGUACGGGUAGCCGGGUAUCGGGUAGGGUACGGGUAUCGGGUACCCGGUUGCGACCUCUGCCUACAGGUGACCCCCGACUCAUGACGGCUCGACUUGCGACCCCGCACCCCACCCAGCCUUUGUUAUAGUCAGUGAGACCCCCACAGUAACAACCAAAACUCGUAUCGACGCCCGCCUAACGACUGCGACGACGCCGAGUCGAUUGGCAACGAGCCUGUGCACGUUAUGCGUGGACUCCUCGUGUCGUGUAUAAGUAGUGUAGUGUAUAGCGCGCAUGUCAUGCGCAGACUCGUCGCCUGAUGACGCUGCUUUGCUCUUCCGCCGUAUGUGUAUGCACAGUGUAGCCCGUAAGUCUGCAGCUGCGCCUAGAGCAGGGGUGGGGAAGCUCUUUUCUGCCAAGGGCCAUUUGGAUAUUUAUAACAUCAUUCGCAGGCAAUACAAAAUUAUCAACUUAAAAAUUAGACUGUUAUAUUUGGUCAAACAUUUAAUUAACUCAUCCCUAAUGUGAUGGCUGGAACUGCUUUGGUGAGGCGUGUGAUGUUAGCUGGUAUUGAUGAUGUUGCUACUCGCAGCUGCUUUUCCAGGAUUGCUCCUAGAUUUAUUGAAUUUCGAGUCCCUCCUGCGGUUGCCUUGGCAGGGCAGGCAGACCAAUAUAUGGCCCGCGGGCUGGACGUUCCCCACCCCUGGCCUAGAGUGACCACAGUGGCGUCUCUCUUUUUAAAUUUUCUUCAGAUUUCGAAAUAUUUUAACCUUUGGCUACUACGUCUGAGAAGAGGAAAUUUGGUGCACAUGCAGAAAAGUACUUACGAAGUUUGAAAUGUGUUUGUUUUUACUUAAAUGUUUGUAAAAGUGAUGUUGUUACAAUGUUUUUUAGGGUUAUUUUCAUUUAUUUUCGCGGUCAAUUUUGGGUAUUGUUACAGCAUAUAACGGGUUUCCAGGAAUGGAACCCCAAUGUAUAACAUUGCGUUUUGUGCGGGAUAUGGAUUCGACUCACGACGGCUCUCGACUUGCGACCGGUCGUCCAUGAACCGAUUAGGUCCGUAGGUGCAGGGGUCGUCUGUAUUUGUUCAGUUUAAGCACGUGACUUGCAGUACACAUGUCCAAGAAUAACAAUGUAUAACUGUUUUUAUAUUAUUAUUAAUGUGGGCUGAAGGGAAAGUCCAUGAGUUAUUAAUUUACGUCAAAAUCUCGGAUGCACGGUUAAUCCGCAAAUCGGAUAAACCGCAUGUGGAUAAUCGAGAGUCUACUGUGUAUGUGUUUGUGUGCUGGCUGAAAGCACUUGUCCCAACAGCCUGAGUUUUCUACACAGGGAGAUCUUUGUAUUCUGUCUUUGGGUAUAUACUGUAUAUGUCUCUGUGUGCUUAUGGGAAGCAGUGGCGCUUAGCGCACUGCAUUAUGAUCAAUAACAGUGGUGAAUAUUUCAACUGCUCUGGGGCCUCCCAUAGGUCAACUCAUCCUUAAAUGAGUACCCUGUGCAGUGUGUAGUAAACAUCAGCACUGGGGAGAUAAAGGCGGCAGGGCAUGGUGGUACUGGCCACCUACCUCCCACUCCCCCCCCCCCGUGUGCUGUGCCAGCCUUCAUCGGUGGCACUCGGUAACUGCUUUAAGGGGGUUCUUUGUCUUUGUGUGGUAGCUGACAGCACUUUCUCCGACAGCCUGUGCAUGCUACAUGGGACGUAUGCAUGUAUAUUGAACUUUUCAUCGUACGCAGCCAACCGUGCAAAUCGGAGGUGCAGGCUCUCACUGCACAGAACUUGCUACUGUAAUCUAUCGGGUGAAAUGAAGGGUCUUUGUGUGUACAACACUGUGUAGUGCGUGGAGUGGUGGCAUGGUGAAAAGAUAACGGUGCUGUGAUGCACAUCAGUGACAUUGCAACAUUGGGUUAUGGGCCUCCCCUAUAUCGCCACGACCCUGUACGACGAGUAUCUGGUACAUUGUGUACACCCGACCACUGGAAUCGACUUACCCUGUACAUUAAGCAGUCGCUCUCCUUAACCUACCUUCCGUGCCUCUCUCCAAACCUCAACUCUUCCUCCAGUGCCCAAUCCCCUUCCUCGCCCCCUCCACUCCGUCGCGUUCCUCCCAUAUCGCACCUUUCGUGAGCCACCACGUGUGCCGCCUCUGUUACGGUCGCUGACUGCUCUGCCCUUGCACUGCGCCUUGAGCGAAGUUGCACGCUAUAAAUCAUCAAUCUAUAUAUAAAAGGGAAAUUUGUGAAUAUGUGUGUCUGUUCGAAAUGUUUAGCAUACUUCCCGACAUGCAACAAACUUGAAAUUUGCCAUGUGGGUACUUUCCAGACUGUACACCAUGCACAAAUAGACUUUUGAAAAGAAAAAUGGGGGGGGGGGGGGGGGGG